UGAGUAGGUAGUUGUUCGGGUAUCGAGACAUUAGACUUUGCUAUUUAUUUAGCAGCGCUAUAUAUUUUACCUCCAAUAUAACACCAUGGAGUUUUCCAUGUCUGCGCCGUCAGACAUGGAUAGAAUGAGAAAAAAAAUAAAACAUCUGUGCCCCAAAUCCAUCCGGGUGCACCUAACGAAAAUUGAUAACAUCCACGGAAGACCACUUAUGGAUGCUGAAUUUAAGAAUGCCAAACGGCAAAGAAUUGAGAAAGAGCUUCAGGAAGGUAGAGGACAGAAGCGAGCUAGAGAGAGCAGCCCAGAGGAAGGUUGUAGUAAGAGGGCUGUGACGGUAUCAUCAUCUGAGAAAAAGCAUUUUCACAUUAGGGACGUUGUAGUACAUGCCACUCUAGGCAAGGGCAGUUUUGGUCAAGUUGUCCUCGCGUCCCACCCCGUGAAAAAAAGACUGUUUGCAAUAAAAAUGGUCAAAAAAAGAGCCGCAGAUGAAUAUACCGAAGCGUUGCUGAGGGAAAGCAAAAUCCUGCGGGAGGCACAGGGAUGCCCCUUCCUUAGUAAGGCAUAUGCGGCACUUCAGUCCAAGGCCCACGCAUUUUUCAUCAUGGAGUACCUCGGUGGUGGCAGCCUGGAGGCACUUAUAAAUACGUGUGGUUAUAUAGAGACGGACAAAGUGCAGUUCUAUACAGCAGAACUAAUUCUUGGCCUCGAGUUUCUGCAUAGCAGAGGCAUUGUACAUCGGGAUAUAAAGCCAGAAAAUAUAAUGCUAGACACAGAAGGCCACAUUAAGAUUAUAGAUUUUGGCCUUGCCCAGGAUGGACUGCUUGAAGGCAAAACGAUCUCCAACCAGACUGGUACCUACCGGUACAUGGCCCCAGAGGUUCUGCUGAGACGUCCAUAUGGAUGUGCUGUGGACUGGUGGUCCUUGGGGGUAACAGCUGCCAGGAUGGCAAAUGGAAAACAUCCAUUCUACAAUGGCCCACACAUGCAGCAACUUUUUAGAUCGGUGCUGCAAGAAAGGCCAACUUUUUCACCAUGGCUGCAAGAAGAUGCCAAGGAUUUCAUAAAGAAGCUACUGAAAAAGAAGGCAGAACAUCGCCUCAGGGUGGCACACAAAAUCCGCUGGCACCCCUUCCUGCGCACCAUCAGCUGGACAGACAUAGAGCGGAGGAGAGUGAGACCCCCAUUCCUGCCGUUUAAGCACAACCUGGAGCUGCAGACACUUCCUGGGCUGGAGUACAGGAGUGGAAGCUGCCCAAUCCCAGGAUUCUCCUUCUAAUGGACACACAGAGUAUAAAGGCCAUCAACCGGGACACCCAAUUGUUCCUCCACCACCACCACCACCACCACAAAUCAGCCAGCUUAGAACACCUGAAGCCCCUGUGACCAUCACAGCUAACAUCUGCUCUCUGUUAACAAAAAAACAACAUCACGGCCUGCACAAGGCCCCAAAGUCUCUUAAUACCACCUUAAGAGACCACAGACACCUUGCCUGCCUCAAUCUGACUGUCCUUCCUUCCACAAAUCAGGCAACUUGAAUUAAAUGAAGGCCCCUGGUAACAUCCCAGAUAGCACCUGACCUGUUACAAACAAAAAAAACAACAACAUCACGGCCUGCAAAAGGCCCAAUAGUCUCCUAAUACCACCAGUGGAGACCACAAACACCUUGCCUGCCACAGUCUAACUGACCUUCCUGCUCAGUGUUAAAAAAAAG